AUCUUCAAGGUUGCUUUGCCAUCCCUAUUGCCAGAGGUAAACAAAAAAUGGAAGCGCAAGGGAAAACGAAACGCUCAUUUAAAAAGCCAUUUGCCUUUGCCAAAAACUGUGUGUAUCGCCCUCUUAGGCAGAUCAGCAACUUGGAACGGAACUUGAAGUUGCCCGCCGACAGGCCCACGUACUUCACGCUUAAUGCACCGCCCUCGCUCGUGCCGGCCAAGAAAUACUCAGACAUCAGCGGCCUGCCUGCCCCAUACGCUGAUCCACAUACCAAGCUGAGAUUUGCCAACGCCGACGAGUAUGCAUCCAUGCAGCACAUGCCCUCAGACAUCAUCAACGGCUACCUUACAGUUCGCGGUUACACGAGCGCCGUGGGAUAAUCAGUUUUGGAAUAUGUAUUACGUAUACUAGAUAGUCACACUCACCAACUCGCGCCUCUCGAGGUUCUACUGGAGGUUUCCCAGUCCAAAACAUCAUCCCAUUCGUAGACUAAUUACGGACCAGCUGACCUUACUUUUACUCGGAUUGCGUGCGAGUUUGUUGUUUUCAAUAGCUUGUAAACGGCUUCCUGGCUAGAACAGUGCGUUUUGCAAAUGUUAAUGCUGAGGAGUAUUGCCCCAUUCGGACAAUUACUGAUCGUAGCUAUACUUGAGCUCUAGGCUUCGACGUAAUAAACAAUAAUUAUAAAAUCCA